UUUAAAAGCCUCUCGCGUUUUUAUUUCGAAUAUUUGAUCGACGCCGACGCAUAUAAUAAAAUAUAUGUCCAGCACGUAGCGAAUUGUGAAAGAAAGAUUUUUAUGUACGAUGUAAAAUGUAAUCCACAAUUGCUUGGCUCGAUGAAACUUGAUUGGACAUUUCUGUUCGCGCUUUAAUGUUCUGAUUUAACAGGCUUCGAUAGAUACGUAAUGAUUAGUGUAUUGUGCCAGAUUACUAUUGACAAUAAUAAUUUUUAAAUACAUAGAUCACGCUUAUAUUCAUCGACCGACAUGGUCUCGGUUAGUUACGAAUAAGAAUUUACAUUGCACCCAAGUGCAACAGUUGAUUUUUCAUGUAUUUUUCACCAGUAUUUGUCACCCUUACCGCUUUUUAAGUUUCUUCAAAAUUCGAUUUAAUCUCAGGUAACGAUCGAAGUAAAGUGAAAAAAUGAAUAGUUACAUAACAAACGUGGGUGGAUGUGUGUGGUCCUAACAUUUUGUGCGUGAAAGUAACAGUUUGAGAAGUUAUGGAAGUGUUUGUGUUAACGUUCGAUUUAAUCGGAUAGAGGUAACAACUUUGAAUAAUUCAAACGUUGUACUAAAUGGAACAAUUGAAAAUUAACGACGUCCGUCAUUCUGUCACAAUUAGUGCUCCUACAACUCCUACAUGCGAAUGUUACAAUGAACUCGUAAACAUGUUUGCAUUAGGCACAACAAUGAUAUCGUUGGGAAUAUUGCGUGAAUAUAAUAAUACGUCGCAUAUAAUUUAAGGGGGAAUAAAUAUAAAAAGAGAGUUCACCUUGUUUCUAAAGAGCACGUUAACAAACUUCGCGAUACGAAGGGCGGACUGAACUAUUUAGAAAUCGUGACGAUUUCGAGAUAGCUGUCAAACAUGACUUUUUUAACACAAAAGUAACACCACGGUCGAAGGAAAUUCCAAUCGAUAUCGGAGAAAACAACCCUUAACCUUUUGACACAUUAUGGCAAAUCUGGGUGAUUCGAUCGUAUGCGGAGGCUUCGUAUUUUACAAUAACUUCGAUUCGGCCAACUUGGCCAAAGUUGAAUUGGUGAAGGUCCCAGAAGCGCUUGACAAAGAUGGAUGUGAGGCAGAGAACAAGUCGUGUAAAAGCUCAAAUUCCGACGAUAUCCCAGAUUAUGAAUUUAACUUGUGGACGAAACACGACUGUCAUGGAACCCAGUUUCAAAACAAUAACAGGACAUGGUUCUAUUUCGGUGUUAAAGUUAACAGUCCAGGGGCUUAUAUCAAAUUUAAUAUAAUGAAUUUAAAUAAACAACUGAAAAUGUUCAGCCAAGGGAUGUGUCCUGUUUUCAAAACCAUACCUGGUCACCUGCAUUGGCAACGGAUUCAUGACAAACCUACUUACAGUAUGGAUCAAAAAGGGAAUGAUUUUACAUUAUCAUUCACUUAUAAUGCUCCUGAAAAUCUGAAAGCAAUAACGUAUUUCGCUUUCACUUAUCCAUUUUCAUACACCGAUCUACAAAAUUAUUUGAAAAGAAUCGAAACAAAAUUAUCAAAGAGGACUAUAACAUCAGUCGACGAUGUUUAUUAUCAUAGGGAAUGUGCAAUAAAAUCUUUGGAAGGACGAAGACUGGAUCUAAUAACGAUAAGUUCUUUUCAUAACAUAUCAGGGGAGAGAGAAGACAGACUGAAUAACUUGUUUCCUGAGAAAGAAGAGGAGAGGCCCUUUAAAUUCUGGGAUAAAAAAAUAAUUUUCAUUAGUGCAAGAGUUCAUCCGGGAGAGACACCAUCUAGUUUCGUUUUCAACGGUCUCCUCAAUUUUCUUGUGAAUCGUGACGAUCAAAUUGCGAUCAACCUCCGCCGUUUGUAUGUGUUCAAAAUGAUACCAAUGCUUAAUCCUGAUGGUGUCGCCAGAGGCCAUUACCGAAUGGAUACGAGAGGUGUAAACCUGAACAGGGUCUACCUGAAUCCUUCCUUAAAAGAUCAUCCAACGAUAUAUGCCGCAAGGAACCUGAUAAGAUAUUACCAUCACACGUACCAGCUGCCAAGCGAGGAAGACAUUUCAAGUGGUUGUAUAGGGAACGGUGAGAAUACGAUGGCUAUUCUUGAUUCAUCUUGUGGGAUCUCGAAUAUAGUACGUGACACGACGACAAGAUUACUUCAACAGGAUUGCGCGUUAUCGAAGGCAGAUAUGGACGGAAUGCCUGAGGGUGGUGGAGAAGGACUGACUAGUAAAACGGAAGAAACUGACAAUUCCGUAGAACUGAAAUCUGAUAAGAAGACUUAUACUGCUGUCGGCAUAGGACAUUUGCCCAAAGAGGAUUCGGGAUUGUAUCUGUAUAUUGACUUACACGGUCACGCCUCGAAAAAGGGUGUCUUUAUGUACGGGAAUUACUUCGAUAACAUAGAGGACACGAUAACGUGUAUGCUUUUACCGAAGUUAAUGUCGAUUAACAAUCCAAAUUUUCAUUUCGCUUCGUGCAAUUUCACGGAAAGGAAUAUGUAUAUAAUAGAUAAAAGGGAUGGUAUGUCGAGAGAAGGAUCGGGUCGCGUGGCUGUAUUUAAACUUACUGGACUUAUACGUAGUUAUACGCUGGAGUGUAACUAUAAUUCAGGACGAUUGGUGAAUACCGUGCCAGCAAGGAUUCGCGAUGGUGUAAAUAAGAAUAUGACUCCCAUGUUCGUCCCGCCGAAAUAUACUCCAGGAGUUUUCGAAGGGGUUGGAGCAGCGUUGGGUCCUUCCAUUCUGGACCUUACGACUAAUAAUCCUAACAGUCGACUGCCAAAUAGUCAAUAUCGCUCAUUAAGAGGCGUAAAGUCUUAUUUAAAAUUAGCAUACGUGAACAAUCUUUCCUCGCCAAACGGCAAAUCUCUGCAUAAGGAUGAUAACGGUGCCGCAUUUCCGGAUGCGUGUAAUUUAAAAGAUAUCGAAUCUCAGAUAAGCGAUUCGUCUGUCGGGUCGAAGAAUUCAUUGAGAAGCGAGACGAACCUCGUGAAAAAGCCAUGCAUCGUCCGCCGCACCACGUCCCUUUAUACUGCGGUAAAGAGAAUAAGAAGCAGCAAAAAAUCCAAGCAGACGAUAACUCGCAGACCGCUGAGAAAUCAAUGCGUCAAUAAUAUCGAGAACGCUGCUAAGGUCUCCGUGCUCGGAACGAAGAACAUUGCGAAAUCUUAUUUAAAAGCAUCGGAGAAUCAAUGUGCAACUAGAAAGGCGACCGUAAAGGCAAGUAAAACGCAGAAGGCGCAAGCGAUGCUAUCUUCCGAGGAAACAGCUAUCGUGAAACACGGGGCGAAGAGAUUAAAAAUCGUUUCGACGAGGAUGAAUAAACGGCUGGAAGUUGGAGAGUGCUCUCACAACGCGUCGGAAGGUGCAAAGUCCUCCUCGAAGGCGUUGUUCUUAUCGAGUAAGCAAAACGCGCGAGGAGGAAUACCGAAAUCGUCUAAAAGACUUUGCCAUAAGAUGGAUCAAAAUAAAACGAAGUCUUCCAAGCCAGCCAAGAAAAUAUCGGUAGAGGUAGGGUAAAAACCGAAGACUCUCUACGAAUAACUAAAGUGCAAAAGAAUUCUAAAAAUUCAUCGGUGAUUAUAUAUACGUAUAUAUUACUCUAGAGUAUAGUGAUUGCAUUAGCGAUUAUUUAAAUGUCAGCGAUGUUUGUUCCCGUUUAAUUCGUCUGAAAUUCAUUUCAAAUUCUAGUAUAUCGUCUCAUUGCGAAUAUGCAUGUGUACAUAUGUAUCUGUCUAUUGUUGUGAGUCGUACGCACGAAUGCAACAAACGGUUUUGCGCUGAGAGUUUUGUUCAAACGAAUUAUAAAUUGUGAAGAAAUGUAUGUAUAGCGUAUACGAGCAUCUCAUGUCUUCUGUAACGAAUAAAUAACUCAAUAAAGCAAGCAUGACGGAAUA